ACAUCACCUACAAGACAAGAACAACAUUUUGGAAGCAUAAUCAAUACAUCUGAGUCACGUGCAAUGUUAGAAUACUUUUUCACAAGAUUCACAAAGCUAUUUCUGUAACCCCAUGGGGGAGAUAUGUUGCUGAAAAACGCUGUAUCCUGUAAUUGGUAUUUAUCUUGCCUGCUGAUUUUGUGAAAUACAUAAUUAUUUUAAAAAGAUGACUUGACAUACACAUAUUUGCAUAAGAAGGGUUAGUACAUUGAAUUUUUUAGGAGAAUGUUAUGAUUGCUUGUAAAUGUUCUUUUAUUUGGCUCCACAGUCUAUUUACAUCAGCACUGAAAUGCACAGUCCAGAAUUUAAGUGUCUGUAUUUUCAAUACACAUGAAUACUGUAUGUUCAAGAUUUUUAUAUAUAUAUAUAUAUAUAUAAAUAUAUCUUUUUUUGUGAAAAACUAAAACGUCAUUAACAGCCUAUAGAGUUUCUCUUUUCAAAAAUACAGCAGUGACAGCAUGCUAUGUUAUUGUUUAUAAACCUUCGGAUCUCGCCAUACAUAUCUGUGGACACGUAUGACGGCAUCCCGCCUCGUGUAGCUUGCGAGCAAUUUGGAUCAUAAUUUGCUGAUGUGAUGUGACAUGCUACAUAUAAAAAAAAAAACUACUUCAAAGACUAUCACCUCAAAUCUCCCUCGCUUUUUUAGUUCCAGUCUUUUAACAUCCGUCUGCGAUUACUUAAGCAGACAGCGUAAUAUUGAGGCAUGAAGAAUUUCUACAACAUAUAAUGUGCAUUAUAGCAUGUCCUGGCAUUUUUAUGCAAAUAGGGCCAUCUUAACAUCUACGUUAAAUAACCGAUCAGACUGAAAAGCUUAUAAAUCUGAGGUUAUUUUUCAUAACAUAAGAUAGAUGAACCAUAUCCAUUUGCUGUCAGUCAUUAUAAAGUAUCAACACUUAAAAACAGUGAUAGAGAAUCAGUUAAAAAUAUUAUAUAACACCAUAAAGGGCAUAAAAUCUAUAAUCCCUCAGUCUGAUGCUGCUUUCUUCAAAUACAUAAAGUUGAAAAAUUAAAAAAUGUAAAUAUGUAUUUCUUAUAAAUGCAUGUUGUGGGCGAGGAUGUACAUUGAGAGGCACUUUUUAUUAUUAUUAUUGUUAAUUAACAAAAAAUAAAAAUAAAAUCACUGAUGCAUAAAUUCUCUCUUUUUUCAAUCAUCUCCAGUCAUUCAUUUAAUAAGAAACUAUACAGAACUUAUGCAGGAAAAGACAAACAUGAACAUUUCUCCUGUUAGAUAUUUAACCAGGACUAUGAAGCUGAAAAUGGCACAGGUUCAGGCUCCACACGAACCUUUCAAAGUGCGUUGGCAUUGCAUCUUGAGCUUUACGCUUGUGCUUGCGUGGCAUACCUUCAAGCAUGGCCUUUUACAAAAGAAUAAGAUGUACUACACCGAAUAAGAUGAUAGGUGCAAACAAACAUGUAUACAUUAUAUAUGGAUAACCAUUCCCAAAACACACAUAAAACACACACAAACAUAUGCCGACUUGUCAACAUUAACUAAUGCUCAACAUUUGCGUUGCCACUGAUUUGUGCUGGCACAUAUUAAUAAAAUACAAAGUGCAUAAAUAAAGGUUUGUUUUACGUAUUUUUCAUUAGAUGGUAGAAAAAGAUAUGAGCAUUAAAAUUCUCUAACAUCAAUAAAAAAAAAUACUGUAACUAUUUGUAUAUCUAUUAAUCUAAAAUUAUUUCUACAGGCUUGCAGCAGUUCAUCAGCAUACAAUGAGCACAGCUGUGGAUAAUUCACCAUGCAAAGACACACUCACGUCUGGGUUUGGAGAACGAUAAGAAACCCAGCAUGGAUUUUUGUUGUUGUUGGUAGUUUUUUUUAUUUUUAUGCAUUAUGUUUUUUGUUUACACUUCACAUUACAGUGUUAAUGUUACAGGCAAAUUACUGUUGCAAAUGAACACUAUGUAUACAUGUUAAAAUUAUUUGGGGGUUUCAUAUGUAAAUUCAUUUUUAAUGUUGUUGCUUGUAAGCACUUACAUUAAUAUAUGUUUAGCACAGGCACUGCAAUCUAAAGCGUUAAAUCCCUUUUAAGUGCACACUAACACCUUGAAGGGAACUUCAUCACAAUGCUAAAUACCAAAAAUUAUUUUUGGAAGACAAUGCCGCAAGAACUGCUCCAAACAAAAACAAAAAAAAAGUCACUGACUUUAAAGUCUGUUAGGAUAGACCUAAUAAUGCAGGAUGAAUAACACGACAAAACAACACAAAGCAUUCAUUUCUGGAAAAUGCUAAUGAAUUUCAGUGGGACAGUUUCACAGAGAGCAACGGUUUAAGAGAAGUGGAGGAACAGAAGUGCUUUUGGUUUUAAAUGAUUUUUCACGGCAAUAAGAAGAAGAUUCAGAUCAAUCAAUAAUCAUGAUAAGAAUAUUAAAUAGGCUAUAUUAUUAUCAAUAGUAGCAGCCUAUUAUAAAAAUUCAACUGACUAAAAGUUAAAAAGAAUUGGAUUGUACACAGAAAUCUCUUCCGAACGCACGUUUAUUGAAAUAUGACAAGCUAAUUAUCAUUGUGCCGUUGUCUUGCACCGAGACCGAGAGAGAUCUGUUGUGAAGUCGCAAUAAUCUCGGGAAAGCGUAGCAUUUUUAACCCAGCGAUACUCUAACCCUACAGCGGGAGAAAUCUUGGCUUCUUUGAGCUCGAUGAGUUUCUGAUGGGAGAUUGGUGACGUAAGAGCCAUCAACAGCGACAGGCUGAUCGAGGUAGUCGCGAGGAUGGAUAGAUGGACAGAUGUUGGGGCGGAACUUGGACAUAUUUCCACAUUAUUAGCCCCUACCGACAGGCGUACAGCAUAAAUGAUCAGUUAGAUUGCAACUGGCAAUAGCUCAAGGAUGCGCAGAACCGUCAAAGGCUUUCCACCGAGCGAGAGGACGGAAAUACAGUUGGACGGGCUCUCCAUAACUGGAAGUUUCUUCCGUUUUGCUACAAACUAUUGGCAUAAUCUAAGGAGAACCUAAGGAAGCGUUUUUUCCCCCCUGUGUGUUUCUGCGCCGUUAGACAUGGACGGGAGAUAUAUCUGAGCUCUUGGCAAUCAUGCUAUGACUUAGAAUUGUUAAACGUGUCGGCCAGAUACAACUACAUUUUUUUUUUUUUUUUAAUUUACAGACGUUUUUAGUCUGUAAAAAUAUCUACAACCUCUCAAGACCUAUUGACCCCUCUUAGACUUUGCAUCGGCUCAAAGUGACUUUUUAAGAGGUGGAAUAAAAACAGACUCUGAAGAGAAGAGGAGCGCGUUAAUACAUGCUUUGUAUUACAUUUUUGAAAUUAAUUCUUUUUCUCCGUCACUGGCAUUUUGAUUCUGUAUGAGAAGUCAAGUGGAGGGUGGGACGACAGCAUGCCGCGGAGAAAGCAGCAAGCGCCGAGGCGAUCUUCAGGUAAAGAGAAACCCCAGAGCUGUGGAAUUAAAGCCUUUUACCCAUAAUCCAUCUGACCUGGCCUAUGUGCCAGAGGAUGAGCUUAAGGCAGCUAAGAUCGAUGAGGAGCACCUGCAGGACGACGGACUCUCCUUAGACGGUCAGGACGCAGAUUACCUGUGCAAUGAAGAAGACGAUGGCCGUGAACAGCUGAGCUACCAGAACUCUCCACUCAGCAAUGGCACCAACCCAGACGCCGGCUACGGCUCGCCCCUCAGCGACACCAGCGAUCACCUGGCUGACUUCAAAAGCACCUCCUCCAAAGAAGGUCAGGAUAAAGAGGAGGUUGAAGACAUGGAGACAGAUGUUGGACUGUCUUUGCAGGACAGCCUGGCACAGAUGAAAGCAGUCUAUGCAAACCUGAUUUCAGAUGCUUCCUGGUCGAGUAUCACAAAGGACAUUAUGAAAAGCAAGCAGGUUAGUGCUAGUAGCACUAACAGUACUCCAAGCAGCCACAAGGGGAACAACAGCGUUGCAAACAGCCAUGCAAGCAGCAUUACAAGCAGCGGAGCUAGCGGCAGCAGCAACGCUAGUGCUAGCACGAAGACAAAUGUGACGCCAAGCAGCAAUUCUACAAAAGCCACCGCAUUAAACAAUGCCAACAAUGGACCCAUCAAUGGUGCUAACAGUGGGGGUGUUGCAUAUGACUGGCACCAAGCAGCUCUUGCUAAAACCUUACAGCAUACGCCCUACCACCUCAUGCCUGAACCAAGUCUCUUCAGCACAGUGCAGCUUUACCGGCAAAACAAUAAGCUGUAUGGGCCUGUGUUUACGGGUGCCAGCAAGUUCAGAUGCAAGGACUGUAGUGCAGCCUACGACACGCUUGUAGGUCUCACGGUGCACAUGAACGAAACAGGCCAUUACCGUGAUGACAACAAGGACAAGGAGGAGGACAAGGGUAAGAGAUGGUCCAAGCCACGGAAACGAUCCUUAAUGGAGAUGGAGGGCAAAGAAGAUGCUCAGAAAGUCCUGAAAUGCAUGUAUUGUGGCCACUCGUUUGAAUCCCUACAGGACUUGAGUGUCCACAUGAUCAAAACUAAACACUACCAGAAAGUGCCUCUCAAAGAACCAAUGCCAGCUCUUGCCUCAAAGCUGGUGCCCUCCACCAAAAAGCGAGCGUUCCAGGACCUGAUGUCUCCGUGCUCACCUGAGUCAAUCUCUAGCACCCCUGGCAUUCCACUGGCAGAGACUGCACCCACCAAAGAUCAGAAAAUUUCCAACCCCUAUGUCACAGCUAAUAACCGUUACGGCUACCAAAAUGGUGCAAGUUAUACCUGGCAGUUUGAGGCCCGAAAAGCUCAAAUUCUUAAGUGUAUGGAGUGCGGGAGUUCCCAUGACACCUUGCAGCAGUUGACAGCCCAUAUGAUGGUGACUGGACACUUUCUCAAAGUCACAAACUCCGCCUCCAAAAAGGGUAAGCAAUUAGUGUUUGACCCUGUGGUGGAAGAGAAAAUCCAGUCCAUCCCCCUUCCACCCACAACAACACGUCUGCCGGCUCCCACUAUCAAGUCCCAGCCUGAUUCACCAGUACACCCUUCCACCAUGGAUGAAAGGAAGGAGUCGGAUGAGGAGAAAGUGGAGGAACCUGAGGAGAGGAAAAUCAAGCAAGAGAAAGAGGAUCCUGCUGAGAAGGUGGAAAAGACGGAGAAAUCCAGCCAUUACAAAUAUCUAAGGGAGGAGGAUCUUGAAGAGUCUCCUAAAGGUGGACUAGAUAUUCUCAAGUCAUUAGAAAAUACGGUCUCCAGUGCAAUCAGUAAGGCUCAGACGGGUACACCCACCUGGGGUGGAUAUCCCAGCAUUCAUGCCGCCUACCAGCUACAAGGGUCUGUGAAAUCAUCUAUACCUGCUGUUCAGAGUGUCCAGAUUCAACCAACAUUCAACGCCAGCAGCUUGAAAUCUUUUACCUCUGACUCCAACACUCUGAUCCAUUCUCCAAGCAGCCCAUCGCCACCUCCAAACCAUAAAAGCAAUGUCCUAGCCAUGGAAGAGCUGGUGGAGAAAGUAACAGGAAAAAUCUCUUCAAGGAAAGACAGGGAUGAAAAAUCAACUGAACGUGGCUCCAAACAUCUCACUGCUGAAUUACCCUCUCCUGUUCUCAAAGACCGAAAGGACCUGCCAAGACCAGAUGAUCUUUGCAAGCCAACAAAAAAUGGCACGGUAGAUAAAGACCUAGAGCACGUUCCUGUUCGAGACGGAGAAUACAAGGAAAGCCAUGCAGAUAAUCCUGUCAAGAACGGAACUGAUGUCCUCAAAUCGCAAGUCAGCAAUGGCUGCGGUAAUUUAGGAAUCAUCACUGACCACUCACCAGAACAGCCUUUAGUCAACCCUCUCAGUGCAUUGCAGUCUAUCAUGAACACUCAUUUGGGUAAGGCCUCCAAAACAGUCAGUCCACUCCUAGACCCACUAGCAAUGCUGUACAAGAUCAGCAACAACAUGAUGGAAAAGCCCAUGUACAAUCCAGCUCAGGUCAAGCAAGUCGAGCCCAUCAACAGAUAUUAUGACAAUGACGACGAUCAGCCAAUGGACUUGACCAAGUCCAAAAGUGGCAAUGGGCCCACCAACAAUUGUUCAUCCACAGUUAUCAGCAACAACAACAGUAACAUCACAAACAGCACCCGGCCCAUCUUGUCCACACUGGCUGAAUCUGUCUCAUCUCCUCUUCGGGAGAAUGCCCUAAUGGACAUCUCGGACAUGGUGAAGAACCUCACAGGUCGCCUGACGCCAAAGUCGUCAACCCCUUCCUCUAUAUCCGAAAAGUCGGAUGCAGAUGGCUGUGCUUUUGAGGACGGCCUGGAGGAUCUUUCUCCCGUUCAGAAGAGGAAAGGCAGGCAAUCAAACUGGAACCCUCAGCAUCUGCUGAUCCUUCAGGCUCAGUUUGCAUCCAGCCUUCGGGAAACCCCUGAUGGGAAGUACAUCAUUACAGACCUAGGUCCUCAGGAGCGUGUACAUAUUUGUAAGUUUACAGGUCUCUCCAUGACCACCAUCUCCCACUGGUUGGCAAACGUCAAGUACCAACUCAGGCGGACAGGUGGAACCAAGUUUCUGAAGAACAUAGACUCGGGCCAGCCAUUGUUUCUGUGUAGUGAUUGUGCCUCCCAGUUCAGAACUCCCUCCACAUACAUUAACCACUUAGAGUCCCACUUGGGCUUUAGCUUGAAGGACCUCUCAAAGUUAUCAAUAGACCUCAUAAGAGACCAGCAAGCAGUCACUAAAAUGAUCACAGAUAAGACAUUCAGUGCCCUUGGCUUGACUGAGGAGGACUCUAAUUCCAUAUUUCAGUGCAAACUGUGCAAUAGGACUUUUGUCAGCAAGCACGCAGUGAAACUGCACCUCAGCAAAACGCACGGAAAGUCACCGGAGGACCACCUGAUCUUUGUUACUGAGCUGGAAAAGUUAGAAAAAGCCUAAGGAAAGCAGGCUGGUGGCAGUGAAGUGACUGGAUUGAGAAUCAUUGCACUACAUCACUGUACUGCACUGCGCCUGAACUGAGCCUUCAAAAUCAGUCCAACUUCUGUCGUGAAACUGCCUGAUUGGACCAUGAUCUGUUUCGAUUCCCCCCCCUCGUUUUUCAGUCUCCUGAUUUCUAUCUCUUGCUUUGUACUGUAUUUAUCUGAUAUGUGUCGGUUAUGUGCAUGUUUUUGUUCUUUAUUUUCUUUCUGAGUGACUUCAUUCAAACAGAAUUUACAAUUUGUACUCUGUUGAAUUGGGAAUGAAACAAACAUGGUAUCCAUGGGCAUGGUCUAAAACAAAGUGGCAAAAGAACUUCUGAAUAGAAUGAGUUGCGUCGUACUGAACUCUCGCUACACGUCAAAAAAAGACUGACUUCAUUAAAGCACUCCGUAGUGUUGAAUGUUAUGAGAAUAUGUAUAAAAUGAGACAGAGCUAUUUUGUUAAUUUGAGCUCCGAUUUUCAGAUAUUGGCUUGACAUAAAUCAAACUGCAACCCUUUGAAGUGAAAACAAUGCAUUGUAGAUUUUGUUGAGUCUUCUAAACCUCGAAGGAUAUUGAAGAUUUUGACAGGCUGCCUAUGAUUAUACACUUUGGUUUUUCAAAGGCAUUUCUUUGUUUUUAAUAAUCAUUGUUUUUUUGUUGUUAAGUAUCAUUUUAUACAGUAGCAAUUUGAAACGUAUGCUUUGGUACCACUAUUCCUCUUUCUAUGGUUUUGCUUCGGUUUCAACCUGUAAAGACUUAAUUGAAAUCUUAUAUACAGCACAUAUAUUUAAAUGAUCAGCGAAGAUGUGUAAAUUUCCAUCAUCAUAUCUUGCCAAUUGCCGCAGCUCAACAUUGUUUGUAAGGUGUGCAUUCUUUUAUAUUGUCAUUUUAUAUAUAGUAAACGAAAAGGAAAUAAUAUGUACAGAGAUGUAUAUGCAGUAUAUGUGCUGUAGAACCACGAUUCAUCCUUUAGUUGAACUAAGUUCUCUGAUGUGGUAAAUAUGAAUUGACUGAAGGAGUUGCAUCUCUGUUGAUGCAUGGAGUAUGAGAGGGAACCAAGCAAUGCAAAACAUGAAAUACAGUACAUUUCAGUGUUUUAUCAUGCCAUUGUGAAAAGUCCCAUCAAAUCCCUUAAUUAAAAAAAAAAAAGAAAAAAAAUGUUUUUGUCCCUUAAUUGUAAAAUAAAACCUGAAGCAUUUCUUGAUUAA